AUGGACAACACAGACAACAGGCAGAACAUCACAGUUCAAUACUGCUUUCCUGACAACAACUCAUCUUGCAGAAAGGAGGUCCGAACAGGGCCAGGAAAUGUGUUUUUGUUUGUUUUUCUCUCAUGUGUAUCUGUGUUCACUGUGUUUCUGAACCUGCUGGUGAUCAUCUCCAUCUCUCACUUCAAGCAGCUCCACACUCCCACCAACCUGCUCAUCCUCUCUCUGGCUGUAGUGGAUCUACUCGUGGGCCUGAUUGUUAUGCCAGUGAAUGUCAUGCGAUUAAUCGACUCUUGUUGGUAUCUCAGAAUAUUGGGAUGCUGUAUUCUUUCUGUGAUCAAUGCCGUCCUAGUGUCAGCAUCUCUCUGUAACCUGGUUUUUAUUGCAGUUGAUCGCUACAUCGCUGUCACUGACCCUCUACUGUAUUCCACGAGAAUCACAGUUUGUAAAAUGUCUAUGAUGAUAAUUCUAGGCUGGUCUUUCUGUCUGCUGUUUGCUAUCAUGUAUUUUUACUUUAAUGACAAUCUCCUUCCAUCUCAGAUUUCCCCCAGAUGCUAUGGAGAGUGUGUAGUGUUUAUACAAUUUUCCUGGUUGAUUGUUGACCUUGUAGUUUUUUUUCUGACCCCUUGCUCUGUUAUACUGGUCUUGUAUUCAAUCAUUUUUAAUGUGGCCAGACGUCAAGCUAGAACUGUUAGAGCUGUGAAGAAUGGAGCCUCAAAGAAACAUGGAGCAAAACUCUCGAGUGCUUCUGAAACCAAAGCAGCGAAAACACUGAGCAUUGUUGUUUUUGUUUAUCUUGCUUGCUGGAUACCAUUUUAUGUAACUUCUCUGUCAGUUGAAAGUGUCACAUCCUUGUCAGUGGUGUGGACUGUGUUAUCAUGGCUACUAUCCAUUAACUCCUCUGUAAAUCCAUUAAUAUAUGCCAUUUUUUAUCCAUGGUUCAGAAAAUCAGCUAAGUAUAUUAUAUUUUGUAGAAUAUUUGAAUCCUCAUCUUCAAGGUUUAAUUUGUUUCCAGGAUGUUCUUAACUUCAGCUGAUAAAGCAAAGACUUCACAGAUUAC